UUCACUUGAUCAUCUUACUGUUUCUCUGCAAACCCUCAUUAAACAAUGAAUAUCUACUUCAACCCCAAUCAUCUUCCUCUUCAAUACCAUCAAGAAAUAACACCCUUUUCACCCCACUACAACCACCACCCUCCACCAGAACUCGACGGCAUCGCCGCCGUCGUCGGAGAACAAGUCCUCUUCGGAAAACCCACCACCACAACCCAAAACGACACCGUACAACAACCACAAACACAACCACAAUCAGCACAAAAGUCACCGAUGGAGAAAACCUACAGAGGGGUGAGGAAGCGGCCAUGGGGACGGUGGUCGGCGGAGAUACGGGACAGGAUAGGGCGGUGCAGGCACUGGUUAGGAACAUUUGACACUGCAGAAGAAGCGGCGCGUGCGUACGACGCGGCGGCUAGGCGUCUGAGAGGAGCCAAAGCUAGAACAAACUUCGAGAUUCCGUCGGUGUUUCCACUGCCGCCGCCGGUGGAAACCCUAAAGAAAUGCCACGGUGGCAGUAGCAGUAGCACCAGUAAAUGCCACGUGGUCACAUCGGUUGAUCAACUGUUUAGCAGUUCAUCCAUGAUGAAUCAAAGACCCAGUAAUAACAAUAAUCAUAAUGUGGAUCUUGAGUUGAAUCUUGGAGUAGGGUUUAAGAAAAAGGCUAGAAAUGAUUAGGGUUUAUAUGUAUGUAGGUGAUUUACUGGUUUAGGGUUAUGAGUAUGCAUGUGGUUGACCGGUGUUGACUGUGGUUUUGCUAUGUAUAUGGGUGUUGUGGUUUUGGAUUCCGGUGGAAUAUUGGCCGGAAAAGUUGUCAGAGAAGGUACUGUUGAACUGCAGUUUCUGUGCUAGAAGAUCUGUAAAGUACAGUACUUAAUAGUACUGUGAUCUAUAUGAAUAUAUCUAUCUUUGUACUUUGCUACUUA